CUCUUUUAUAUCAGUAAUUCCAUAUUAUUGAAUUGAGAGAAGGAAAAAAAAUGGGGUUUCUGAAAAUUUCAGUUUUGAUUGUAUGCAUGCUUGUCUUUGAGAUGGGUGUGUGUAGCAACGCGCAGAACUCACCACAAGACUACCUGGACGCGCACAACGCCGCACGCGGCGCCGUGGGCGUCCAGUCCAUAACGUGGGACGACCAGGUGGCGGCGUACGCUCAAAGCUACGCUAACCAGAGGUCCGGCGACUGCAGACUCAUCCACUCCGGCAGCCAACAGUACGGGUACGGCGAAAACAUAGCGUGGGGCAGCGGCGACUUCAUGACGGGGAAGGCGGCGGUGGAGAUGUGGGUUGGCGAGCGGCAGUACUACGACCACCCCACCAACUCUUGCCACGCGCCGGCGGGGAAGUCGUGCGGGCACUACACGCAGGUGGUUUGGAGGAACUCCGUCAAGGUGGGGUGCGCUAGGGUUCAGUGCAGCAACGGCGCCGGAUACUUUGUCACCUGCAACUAUUCUCCGCCGGGCAAUUAUGUUGGCCAGAGCCCUUACUAAAUUUAAAUGAAAUCUGGGAUAGAUUUUCAUGAAAUAAGCACGUACCCAUGCAUACAUUGCAUGUAACCAUGCUUAAUAAACUCUAUAAGUGUUAUGUUUUUUUUUUUUUUUGGGAGGGGGAUUACGACUAAAUCCUCAGCCACUAUCUGUGAUUCUGUGAAUGUUCUAUAAAUGUUAUGUUUGUUGUCAAUCCAUUCAGUAAUUAAAUACGAGAUAUUAUCACA